AUGGCUCCUCUGAAGCCUCGAAGUAGUAUCUUCAAGCAGAACUUUGCAAGUCACUUCAGCCAGCAGAGAGCUCAGGCAUAUUCCGACACAUCAAGAGGUGGCUCAUCUCACAACAUCCGUUCAAUCGCAUGGAAUCCUCAAGGCAGCCUGAUCGCCACCGGUGCUGCUGAUAAGACGCUACGUGUCUGGAACCCAGAGAAGCCCAAUGUUCGCUUCUCCACCGAGCUGAAGGGCCACGCAGCCCCGAUCGAGAAGGUCGCCUUCAACCCUGUCAAGGACGCCGAGCUCUGCUCCGUCAGCAACGACGGCGUCGUCAAGUUCUGGGAUGUCCGCACCAAAGCCUGCGUCAACGAGGUCAAGGGCCUGGGCGAGGCCUUCACCCUCGCGUGGCACCCCGACGGCGAGUCCCUGAUCGUGGGCACAAAGCGGCUGACCCCAGACCGCCAGAGCGACAAGCUCCACAUCCUGUCCCCGACGCAGUCCGCGCCCCUGGCCUCGCACCAGCAGCCCGUCCAGACCAACCAGAUCUCCUUCUGCUGGGGCGGCAAGAAGGUAUUCGUGUCGACGGGCGAGGGCAAGGUGCGCGUCCUGUCCUACCCGGACCUCCAGCCCCUCAUGCACUACAACUACGACCGGUCCAGGGUCGACGGCCCGGGAGCCACCCGACGAGUACAUGAUGAAGGGCCACACCUCGUCCUGCCUGACUGGAUCUGCCAGCGGUCGUUCACGGACAUGGUUGGGCCCGUCAAGAGCCUGAGCUUCACCUGGGAUGGUUACUACGUGGUUGGCGGCAGCGAUGAGGGCACAGGGAUUGAGUGCUAUCACUGCGAGUCCGGCGAGCGCGUCCACACCUUCAAGACGGCUAGCCCGUCUCCUGUCGUCUCUUGGGCUCCGACUCGGUAUCACCUUGCAUAUAGCGAUCUGGGUCAGCUCCGCAUUAUUGCGGCGGAUGUGCCGGAUAGGAAGUGA